AUGUUUAGCUUCAGCUAUCCCAACGGCGAACCUCAAACCCCCACGAGGACCCCGACGACUACGGCUUUCGACUCUUUCUCGACCCCGAAGCUCGAAUCCAGUUUCUUCGACCCCCGCGUCACCUGGGAUACCGCCGACCCGUAUGCAUCCAGCCCGGAAUUCCUCCGCUCCCCGCAGAAAUUCGGCGUCCACGCCAACACCCCGUCCAAUGCAUUGCGAGCUGCCGGCGACACCACCCAGGAUGGAAGAGUCUCAGAACAGACCGAUACAGUGAGACGGAUUCGGCCCCCGAAGCCCCUUCCGCUGAUGACAGAGGAGGGCCCGCGAACCGUGGAUUCAGCCAAGUCCGCAGCCUCCAUGCAGACACCACCGCCCACCAGUGCGUCCCGGAGGAAGAUCCCAGAUUUCGAUCCUGUUCCUAGCGUGGGCCGAGGAGCAACACCGCGCAUGAGCAGUCACCUGGAGACGCCGAGUCGAUUGCUGGGGGCCUCGCCACGAAUGUUUGGUAACCUUCAAUCCUCGCCUGAUCUCUUCCAGCUCGCCUCGUUAGAUCCCACCGGGUCUCCCUUCUUCCCACAACAGCGACUAUUCUGGGACAACGACCAAGAGCCGGCAGUCAGUACGCUCCCUUUGCCAGAGUUGGGGAGAAACCAGGAUCAUGUUGGUCGGCCUCCAAUCCAUUCCGCCGCCUCCUCCUCAUCUUCCACCGCCAGCCAUAUCCCUCAAUUACCUUCUAUUGGUGGCUCAAUCGAUCUCCCAGAUUUCACUGGGAGCGGUUUUGGCAUUCCACCUGUUCCUCCGACAGAUGCGGCCCUGUUCCCCGCGCCCUUUUCCACCUCACCUCGAAUCCCAGUCACCAAGGCCGACGAUCCGGCUCUGUUUCUAAGUUCACCGGCCCGACGGUUCGGCGGACCGCAGAUGACACCAGAGCGACGGCCGACGACGGGCAUGAGACAGCCAUAUCAUCACCAAACGGAAGAAUCGAAGCGGGAAGAGCUGCGUCGUGCAUAUGGGCAUCUUGAUCGGCCGCCUCCCGGUUCGACCUCAAGCUUCUCCGAAGAAGACGAAGACGAAGAUUUUACCCCGAGAGGUAUACGCCCCGGCCUGACUCGAAGCGUAACUCAUACGGCUAUGACCAGCUCAUCUCAUCGGCCCCUCAGUCGAUCAAGUGGGCUGAUGGCUUCCGCGAGUGGAAUCCGCAAGAGUCCUUCCAAGGGUCGGGCAUCCCCUGUCAAAACCAUACGUCCGGCGCCCUUAGGACGGUCGAAUUCGGUGGCCACGGGCCUUCCAACUCGCUCUCGAUCCAUGGUUCUUCGCAUUGGCCGGGAUGGCCGUGCAAAGGCGGAAAUGCAGCCGGUCGAUCAAGGUCCCAGCGGCUUGACUGAUCCUCUCACUGGCAUGGAUCUGGAUGGCUCUGCCACUGAAAGCGAGGCCGAUCCGGCCGAGUUCUCAGACUAUCCGGUUCUGACUCGUACCCAGUCUUCUUUUGGAUUUUUCGACGGCGGGCGGCCUUCGUUGUCUCGUAGUGACUCGGGAUCCCGGCCUCCUUCAAAGGGCUCAUAUGCGUCCACUGUUGGCUCCUCUCACUCAGGCCGUAUGUCUCCAUGGGCUGGAUCUUCUCGAGCCGUCAGCGGUCGAUCUACCUAUCGAGGCUCUCCCGAAGCCAUCAAACGAACUCCCAAGCGACAUUCUUCUCUGCUUCCUUCUGAUGCCACAUAUACCCGGGGUAGCGUCGCUUCUCGAUCAUUACCUGGAGAUGAAGAUGACAGUGGCGAUGCCACACAUGCCCUUCGGCAGGUGCUUAAGGAUCGGAGCCGAGGUCGACCAUCCACGGGGAGUAGCUAUAGUGCUCGCCUGCCGCGGUCAUCACAUACGUUCACCCAUCUGCGAUCUUCUCCUCCUCGAUUAACAAGCGAUUUUGAUAUUCAUCCUCGACACUCUAAUGCCUCCCCUACCACCCUGACCGACCCUGACCUGGCCACCCCAAGCACCGAUCGCCAUAGCAAUCCGAGUAACGGCACACGCUGCGUCUGCCAAUCGAUGGACAAUGGUGGCCAUCUCAUGAUUCAAUGGUGA